GCUAAUUGGAACUUUUUUGAAUUCAGGUGGCAAAUUGAGCAAUCUGGAAAGGUACAAUGACCUAUUUGACCCUUUAGCCUUUAUUUUUUAUGUUUUUAUUUUUUUAUGUUUUAUUAUUAAUACCUCCGUCACAUUGACGGGUUCCAUGAUAAAAUAACACGAUCAUUUAGACAAUAAUUAAAUAAGGCCGUUCAAGCAUAUUUUGAGAAUUAAUUUAAUAGGUAUAUAAUAUAAUGGGGUUAAUGUUGAUAACUAUGAUGUUAUAAAUGUAAUAUUUUUAAUAUUUAAUGAUUAAUUUAUCAUUUAAGAUUGUUAUUUGUUUCAUAAAAUGGAAAUGAAAAUCUUUAUAUAGGACGCCAGAAAUGGAGAGUGGGAACCUUUCUAUGGAACAAAAGAAGUAUGUAGUAUUAUUUAAAAAUCUUAUAAAAGAAUGAUAAGGACAAAGGUAAAAUUGAAAGAGUUAUAAUUUACUUUUACUUAGGGAUUGUUUGCAAUUGCUUUUGCUUUAAAAAACACUUUUAAGUGAUUUUGAAAAAAAGUGAUUAAUAGUAAAAAUUGGCAGUGUUUUACAAAAAAUCGAUUUUGAAAAAGUAAAAAUUUGUAGUGUUUGAUAAAAUAUGUGCCUUUUGUAUAAUAGGAACAAUAACAAGCAAAUUCUAGUUUUUAGCUUUCAAAAAAAACUAGAAGUUGUCAUUUUUUUAGUUUUUAGCUUUCAAGUAUUUAGCAGAAGUUAUCAUUUGCAAACAUUUUUUUCAUCUUUUAAAACCAAAAUUUGAAAAUCAUUUUUUUUAAACAUACCCUUGGUCUAUUAUGUAGAGAAAUCAAGCAAAUCAAAGUCAAACUUUUGGUGACAUAUAUAUUGGUGCAAGUUAUCAAACAAGCAACAUAGUCCAUCAGACCAUUUGUAGUGGUUGGGAGUCUAAAAAUUUAAAAAUGGACUCCGUCCAUAUGAAAACAGUGUUUAGACUCCUAUUCCUUGCAUCCCAGCACCGUCAAUAAAAUACAUUCAGCAUAUUUUUUCACAUAUCAAUUUAGUAAAACAUUAGUUAAAUCAUCAUAAGUAAUAUUUUCAAAUUACUUUUUUCCCUAAAUAAUUAUGAAAUAAAAAAUACAUAUUUCGAUGUAAAAAUAAAUAAAUUUCCUUAAUUUUUUUUACGUUUUUCGGUUAACAAAAAAUGAAUUUAGUCCAAGUAAAGUUUUAUUAUGGAAUAUUCAGUUAUGUGUAGAGGCUCCAUGAAUUAAAAAUUUGUGUCUUGUGUUUUUUUCAGGCUCAAGAAAAUUCCAAUAGUUAAAACAUAAGAAUUUUUUUUUCAUUUUAUAUAUUACAUGUUGGUGUCAUAUGAAAGAUAAUAAAAAUUCGUAAAUUUUGAUAUAUCUUCUGUAAAAUUUGGAGAACAAAUAAAAAAGUUAUAAGAGUUUUAAAAAGAGAAAUUUACCCCUAGUAUUACUAAAACUCAUCUGUUUUCCCAUAAUAAGACCUAAACGAAAUUUUCCCAAAUAUGUACUACCGGUCAACUAAGUCAUACGACCCGAGUAGAAUCUAAUUUCGUUCGUUCCAUGUCUGCCCUCCAGGUUCAUUUACGGUAAGUAUGUAUGUGAUUAAGACACUCCCUAGUCUUCUCAUUUUCUUCCCAUGUAACUGUUUUUCAUUCAAUGAUUGAUCCAUUAAAAUAGGUAACCAAAGAUACGUGUGAUUUUUCAUGUCUCAAGAGCUGGAGCUAUAUCUCCGACAUGUAUGGUUCGUUAUUAUAUCAAGCUUAAAAAAGGUUUUCCGUAUAUUGGAGCAAUCGUAAAUUUGUUUGACAUCCAUGGAGUUUCUAGAUCAUCCGCACCAAUCUCCGAACAUACGUGUGAUGGUGAAGGUAGAUGGGGAGUGGGAUAGUAAGAUUCAGUUUCACAGUUCAUCGUCUAUUCUUAUUGAUAUUCCUUUGUCAUGUUCAUUUCACGAUUUCUGCGCUAUUGUGUAUGGUUCCUUGGGCGUUAAAUAUUCCGGCGAACGUAUACGGAUUUCAUACGUUUACGAAGCAUGUCCUCCCCCUCUUAUUGUCAAUGAUGAUUGUAGUUUGAUGUUUUAUCUGCAAAUGAAGUGCAUUCAAUCAGAACUGAAUAAACUCCCCCUCUGUGUCGAAAUACUUCAUGGACUUGAAGGUGUGCCAAAUGAUUGUAAUAAUGAUGUCUGUGAUGUUGAAGGUUUGGAAUUCAGUCCUCAAUUGGAAGCAGUUGGUGGAGCGGAUAAAGCAACCACAUGGUAUGCUGAUGGUGUAGGGCAGGAUUCCAGCAUUCAAUGCAGUGUUGUAAGCCCUUGUUCUUAUGAUGAAGAUAUGUAUAAUGAUGACUCGCCAAGUUCAUUUGAACUUCCGCCCCCAUCUUCUGUCUCCCAUUUUGACCCCACUCGUAUUGCUCUCCAUGCUAUUUAUAAUAGCAAGAAAGAUCUUGAUUUUGAUUUGAGGAUGCUUGCAAUCACAAAUUUUUUCCAAUACACGACGAAAUCAUCAUCUCCUAACGUGUUGCAUGUAGUUUGUAUCGAUCCAGAGUGCAAGUGGUCUGUCCGAGGAGCCCGUGUAGAUGAGAGCGGCUUGUUUCAAGUGCAAAGAUUUGAUAUCAAACAUACGUGUUCAAUUGAUCUUAGACAAGCUAAUAGUCGUCAAGCAUCUGCUUCUCUUAUUGCCGAACUCAUAAAGCAUGAAUAUGAUGACACAUCCAAAAAAGUUUACACACCUCAAAAUAUUAUGGCAGAUAUGCUAAAACUUUAUGGUAUUGUAAUGUCUUAUAAAAAAGCUUGGCAUGCAAGGGAAAUUGCAAUGAAGCUGGUUCGAGGAUCUGACAAGGAGUCUUAUAAUAGGUUGCCGUCUUUGUGCCAUAUGCUAGAUAAAGCAAAUCGAGAAUCUAUUGUCUCAUAUUCUUGCAAUUUAAAUGGAGAAUUUGAGUAUUUUUUUUAUGUCUCUUGCGCCAUGGAGGGAUAGAUGGGAACAUUGCAUUCCAGUAGUUAUUGUUGAUGGUUCUUUUUUGAAGUCAUAUUAUAAAGGAACACUACUAACCGCAUGCACUCAAGAUGCCAAUAAACAAAUUUUUCCACUUGCAUUUGCUAUUUGUAGUGUUGAAAACACUGUGAACUGGACAUGGUUUUUCGAGAUGUUGAAAAAGUCUCUUAAACAUAGGGAUGACUUAUAUGUUGUGUCCGAUCGCCACGAGGGAAUCUUAAAUGCUGUGCGUUCAGUGUUUCCACACGCGGAACAUGGUUUUUGUGUUUACCAUAUUUUAGGUAAUAUAAAAUCCAAAUUUCGUGGAUCGGCACGUUUGGUGUCUUGGAAAUUUUUACAGGCAGCUAGGGCAGGUUCAGUGUAUGAAUGCGAACGGUAUCUAUCCAUGCUUGAUUAUGAUGACCCUCGUAUACGACCAUACUUGGAAAAAAUUGGUAACGACAAGUGGUCUCGUGCAUAUGCUAGUCGCAAUAGAUACUCUGUUAUGAUGUCCAAUAAUGCGGAGUCUCUGAAUGCGAUUUUUGUCACUGCCCGUGAGUAUCCAAUUUGCAAGUUGGUAGAAUUCAUUGUAGGCACAUUGCAGAAAUGGUUUUGUGAUCGUAGAGAAGCUGCUGCAGCUAACCAUUCUAGGCUCUCUGACCAUUUUGAAUCCCAGCUGAUUUUAUCUCAAUCUAGUGCAGCCUUAAUGCAGGUUAAGCCAUCAUGCAAUUUUGAGUUUGAAGUUUUUGACAGAAAAGGAAGAUCAUAUGUUGUCAAUUUAAGAGAAGGGACUUGCACUUGUCGUGAAUUCCAACUAGAUGGCUUCAUAUGCGUUCAUGCUGUUGCAUCAAUUCGAUCUCGCCCAGGUCUUUCUUGUUAUGACUAUAUCCCUGAGUAUUACACUCACCAUAAAUGGGUUUCAGCUUAUGCGGGUAUUAUUCAUCCCAUUGGUAGUCCCGAUGGUUGGGUUGUUCCCCAUCAUAUACAAGACAUCAUUUGCAAUCCCCCCUCAUGUUCGAAGCGCCCCCCCGGAAGACCCAAGAAGCGACGCAUGCCAUCCAUUGGUGAACAUGUGAGGAAACAAAAGUGCACCCGUUGCUCGAUGGUUGGCCAUAACAAAAAGACAUGCAGAAAUCCCAUUCCGCGUUCCUAGUUUUGUUUCGAAAAGCUAGUUUUAACUUUAUGCCACUUAGCUUAUUGUUUUCAUCAUCAUGUUUACAUUUUGUUUGUUUUAGACUUUUCAAG